AUGUCUCAAUCUGACCUUGAUUGUGGUUUUCCAGUUGCCGCUAGUGUUGGAGUGGCGUAUGAUUGGGUAUUUCCAGCCCUUAUCUUCGGACAAGAGGUCGAACUGGUCUGGAAACAACGUUGGUCCUUGAUGACCGUUCUCUAUCUGAGUGUACGCUAUCUUGGAAUUUUAUAUGCUGUCCUGAACAUACCGAGCCGGAUUCUGUUCUUCGUGUGGGAUUGGACGAAUAUUGUGGCCUUUCCAAUGCUAUGUGUCAUCAUGAUCACUCGGUUACAUGCCAUGUAUCAACGAUCCAGAAGAAUCCUGAUAUUUCUUGUCGUCGUGUGCUUGGCUGUCAACAUUUUCGACGUAGUGGUCGCCGUAAUGUCAAUGAGGGGUAUUUCAGGGGAGGAACUCAUUCUCUCUGGCACCUAUGCGUGCACGAUUGGCUAUGCAGACAAUUUCUCACUUCUGGAUUCCAUUACCUGGAUACUCGGCACUAUCUGGGAGGUCCUCGCGCUGUGUCUCGCAGUCUGGAUUGCUGUAAAACACUUCCGUGAACUGCGACAAUAUUCGGCAGGAGGGAUUAUCGGCGAUUGUUUCACGGUGUUGAUAAAAUCUCACGUGCUUUACUUUGCGAGCUUUGUUGCUCCGUCUUGCUUCUACCUCAUUAUUGAUUUGUCUCCGACGCUCUUCACGGACCGAUUUUCCGUCGAAAUACAGAUUCUUCUUGGUAUUACUCAGAUUUUGGGAGCCAUACAGUUCUUUGUGCUGGGACCACGCCUCAUCCUAAGCGUUCGGGAAUAUAACGCUCGGCUCGUGGCAGACUCUGACGCAGCAACAGCCAUGAUCUCAAUCGCUUUCCAGGAGCGCGUGCAUAUAUCGACUGACAGUGGCGUGUAG